AUGCUUCGCCGAGCACGGGCGGGAGCCAACGGCAGCCGCAGUACCAAGUCAAAGGUCGUUGCUUGCCCUUCGCCCGCCUGUGCCGAGGUCAUAGACGAGUUCGGCUUGACCGGUGUCGCGGCCUAUCCUGUCUUCCUCGGGUCCUGGUGGAUGGCCUUGCUGCUACACGACUUUGACGACUGGCGCCUGGAUUAUCUUUGCAUAUUGGACUACUCCUAUUUUUUCGAAUACAAUGUCGACAAGGCCGUCGACGGGAGCCCGUCUCCGUCGCCCCUGAUGCAGAAAGUGAUGGCCCUGUGGGACAUGCCAAACCUGUCAGACGAGCUCAAGGUUCGCAGGUCGCACAUGCUCUGCGACAUGACCUUCUUCGACCUCAAGCGCACACACGAGGCCUCGAUGCGCAACCAGACGACCGACGGGCUGACCUCCUGGGUCCAUGUCGAACGGGAUACCUGGCGCGACUUCAAGGCUGUCGACGCGGGCGGCUUCGCGCACUACCUGUCGUUUGCCGAACGAGUCUCCGGGCGUGACGACUUGAUGCUGUCCGGGCUGGUCAACGACUGGGUCGACAUCGGGCCUGAUCUGCGCUACCAGGAGUGCAGUCAGUCCGUCUUGGCCCUGACCCGCGGAUCCCUGGCCAUGGGUGACCUGCUGAUCUGCUAUGAGCGGACCUUGUGGAUGCUCAACGCCAACUUCAUCUCGGAACAACGCCAUGUAGGUUGCAUGACCAUUGUUGGGGCAUGCAUAUGGGAGCUGUGCAACCACCGUCAGGACGUGUGGCGGUAUUACUCGCUAGCCCAUGACCUGUGCUCGAGCGUGCAGUCGUUGGAUCUCUACAACAUGGCCGACCUCGCCGACUGCUACACCCCUGACCUGAUCCCGAGGCACAUCCCUGACGACGCCAAGGUGCUUCCCGUUCCUCGUCGAAGCCAUCCCUACAAGGUCCACGUCGCCGGAACCGAAUACACGGGCUCCGUCAUGCUCCACACAGCCGUCUGCGACGCCGUUGACUCUGGUUUGCUCCCGGCAACUGUCGUCAACUACCAGAUCAUCCUUCCCCUUCUCCUGCGCCGCGGAGAGAUGGACAGUGGCACCUUCUUGAGCCACAUGGACCGUCACUACUGCGCACACUUCGCCGACAUCAUGCGAUCUGGGCACACGCACGACUUCAGCCGUCUAUAUGGCCGAGCCAUUGCCGCCCUCGUCAUGGAAGAUUGGUGGUCGGGGCUUUACUUUGCCAUGGGUGUCGGCAGUCUGAUUGAGGCUCAACCCGACCGCAUUUCCAACGACCGCUCUCACUGA